UCUUCCCUGCACAGAAAAGGGAUAACGCGGCGAUCGGUAAGAAAAAAGAAACACUGUUAAACAAGAACCAUAGAAAAUGAUACCAUGUUGUUGCUCCCUAAUUCCAUCACCGGCUUCCAUAUUCAAGUUCAUCUCAGACCAACCUUACCUCUCCAUGCUAGACAAAAAUUGCACUUCAAUGAAAGACCUUCAAAAAAUCCAUGCCCAACUCAUAAAAACUGGCCUAGCGAAAGACACCAUUGCUGCUAGCCGUGUUUUGGCCUUCUGUACCUCUCCUGCAGGUGACAUCAACUAUGCCUACUUAGUCUUCACACAAAUACGAAACCCAAACCUUUUUGUAUGGAACACUAUUAUCAGAGGCUUCUCUCAAAGCUCAACUCCACACAAUGCAAUCUCUUUAUUUAUUGACAUGAUGUUCACUUCACCAACUACUCAACCUCAAAGGCUGACUUAUCCUUCAGUUUUCAAGGCUUAUGCUCAACUUGGUCUAGCCCACGAAGGUGCUCAGCUUCAUGGCAGAGUGAUAAAACUGGGACUUGAAAAUGAUCAGUUUAUACAAAAUACAAUCUUGAAUAUGUAUGUAAAUUGUGGGUUUUUGGGUGAAGCUCAGAGAAUUUUUGAUGGAGCUACGGGAUUUGAUGUUGUUACGUGGAAUACGAUGAUUAUAGGACUUGCUAAAUGUGGAGAGAUUGAUAAGUCUAGGAGGUUGUUUGAUAAGAUGUUGUUGAGGAAUACAGUGUCAUGGAAUUCUAUGAUUAGCGGGUAUGUGAGGAAAGGCAGGUUCUUUGAGGCAAUGGAGCUCUUUAGCAGAAUGCAAGAGGAGGGGAUUAAGCCUAGUGAAUUUACAAUGGUGAGCUUGUUAAAUGCUUGUGCUUGCUUAGGAGCACUGAGACAGGGAGAAUGGAUUCAUGAUUAUACAGUGAAGAACAAUUUUGCAUUGAACUCUAUUGUUAUUACAGCGAUUAUAGACAUGUAUUCUAAGUGUGGAAGCAUAGAUAAGGCUGUUCAAGUGUUCAAGAGUGCCCCCAAGAAAGGAUUAUCUUGCUGGAACUCCCUAAUUUUAGGCCUAGCCAUGAGUGGCCGUGGGAACGAAGCAGUCCGAUUAUUUUCAAAGCUCGAGUCUUCAAAUCUCAAACCGGAUCAUGUUAGUUUUAUAGGAGUCCUGACAGCUUGUAAUCACGCUGGGAUGGUGGACAGGGCAAAGGACUAUUUCUUGUUAAUGUCAGAAACAUACAAGAUCGAGCCAUCGAUAAAACAUUAUAGCUGCAUGGUUGAUGUGCUAGGCAGAGCAGGACUCCUUGAAGAGGCAGAAGAGCUACUAAGAAGCAUGCCAGUAAACCCAGAUGCCAUUAUAUGGGGGUCUUUGCUCUCCUCUUGCAGGGAGUACGGAAACAUUGAGAUUGCAAAACGAGCGGCGAAGCGUGUGAAUGAGUUGGAUCCAAAUGAGAGCUCAAGUUUUAUACUUCUGUCAAACGUUUAUGCUGCUCAUAAUCAUUUUGAAGAAGCAAUUGAGCAAAGGCUCUCUUUGAAAGAGAAGCAGAUGGACAAAGAGCCUGGAUGUAGUUUGAUUGAAGUGAAUGGCGAGGUUCAUGAAUUUGUUGCGGGGGGACGCCUGCAUCCAAGAUCCAAAGAUAUCUACCAUGCAUUGGAUUAUCUGGGAUUGACGUUAAAGGAGAUGGGAUAGGAUUAAUAUGAACCAAUUAAGAUUAUUCUUUCUAGAGGAUUAUAUCAUGACAGAAAAUAGGUUCUUUCGGUUCCCAUAAGUUCAGUAUUUCUCUUGUUCAAGGUGGAUGAACUCCACUGCAACUCAGGGUUGAAAGAAAGAACAGAUCUGGUCAUCAUCGAAUGAGACUGAUGGAAAAAUAAGAGUUCAUGCCAAGCAGAACAGAGAAGUGCUUUUACAAGGAAGCCUGAACACAUUAGUGAAAUAACACAACAUCGAAGAAUAUUAGGAUUUGCGAAUAUGAGAGGCUAGAAGAUUUGCUGCUAAUUAGGAUUUUGACAUGGUUCGCCCUGGUGCCCAAGAGUAAAUCUCAGGGGUCACAGCACCAUUGGUGAGCAAUUUCUGCGGCAUUCCGUACAAAUCCGGGAUAUCGAGGUGGUGACGACGACCGUUUUCGUAAUGCUGAUUCUGCACAGCAGCAGUGAUUCCACCCUCAUCCAACGGCAAACGAUCAAAAGACGCGUUCAUGAAUGAUGCAGCCAUUAUCACAACAGGGCCUGAAGCAAUGAGGGCACCAACCACAACUCCACCCACAACCUGCCCUUGAGCCCCUGCCAGGUAGAUGGUUAGUCCCGUGAUCCCCUGUGGAGCAGGUGGGGGCAAGACAGAUCCAAGCAGUGAGAGUAUCUCAAACCGCCCAUGAAGGGUCACGAUGGCCCCCGACGAGGCUGGUUGUCUUAGGGUCACAUUGGUUACACAACCGCUCCCACUAAGCACUGAUAUUCCACGCUGCUUCCUUCUUGCAAAGUUGGCUAAACUCUCACACACAUCGCAGCCGGAGCUCACCUCCAUUGCAUGGGCUCGGAGUGCGUUAGCACUAUCUCGAGUAACAAUAAUAGGAGGUUUUGGUUUAUUUUUGGAGCCAGCUGGCCUUCCACGUGGACGCCUGAGAGUUUCACCCCCGCGUGCCGAAGAAAUAGGCGGCACUGCCUUCGGCAACUUUGAAGCCACAAGGAUGGCCUCCAUGUUCGGUCUGCGGUCAUGACCCUUCCCCGAUUCUUGGUUUCGUUCCAUGAUUCUUUCGGAAUCUCCAGCCAUUCAUAAACAAAAGAAUACACAACUGUGCUCGGUGUCUGGGUUUAAGUAGUCGAUUUUGUGCGAAUAAAUUUAUUGCAUGAAACCAAAAGAAUGAUCAGAAUUAGGAGAAGGUUAAGUGGCACCAACAUUGUAAUUAAGUUGUUUAUACUUUAUAUGCGUUCUUCA